CUCACCGCACUGCCAAACUCGUGUGUGCAAAACCAACACCUAUCAAGGCCAACACAUGUUUAUGUUCUCCUGUCACCAUUUAUCGGUUUCUGAGCAAUCCUUUUUUUUACAAUAUGCCUAGCGGCCAGGAUGGGCCGAUCAAGGGUACUUCUAAAUUGUGGGUAUCCUUGUCGACGGUCAAGAAAACCCUUUUCGUCUUUGCCUGCCCCUGCCUGCUGGCCUGGUAUUUUCAUAGUCUCUAUUCAAACGCGUCAGAGAAUGCACUGAAUCGUUCUACUGAUAAUAAAUUUCGAAUCGGUGAAUCCGCUUCUCCCGCUCGGAGUUCAGCCUCGGAUCUAUGCCGCAGAAGCAUUAUCCAAAGCCUGGGAAUCGAAGCGGGUGAGUUUGGUGAAAAGGAAAUGGAAUCGUUCGAGAAUGUGUCCAUUGCCUUACAUCUGAAUGGAGAAUCGAAGCAUUGCGGAGAAACGAGCUUAAUCAAGCUCAUAGAAACUCUGUAUCAAGCCGCAAACGAAAUGGAUCAAUGUUCAUUCAUAUUUGACAAGUAUGUUGUCGAGGCCGUUUUAUCCAGAGCAUUUCAAAAUCUUGUCGGACAAACGUGUUAUUCAAGUGAAAAGGAUCGGACUGAAGAGGACGGACUGUAUGGGUUUUGCGAUAUGGGCACCAACAAGACUCCCAUAUUAGCCGAUCACGAUGAGCUAGUUUCGAUCGCAUAUGGCGGAGUAAAAUACCUGCCUUGCCACUUUCAUACUCGUCAAGGUCGCCGGAUCCAAGGGGUACAAGAUCUCGUAAGUGGUUUGACAGACGAAGCUCCUUGUCCCGAUGCUCUUUGCCUCCAUCUGUAUGCGGUUCAGGCAGGUCGUCACUUUGUUUUUGCUCCAGGAGCCGUCGGCGAAAUUAUAGAGCUGCCUCACGUUAUGGGCGGCAAUCCCGAACAGCCUGUUUAUCUAAGAACGCUCUCGCUUUCUCCACGUGUAUUCGACAUUGUCAACUUUUUCCGCCUCGAAGAAAGCCAGGAUCUUGUAGCUCGAGUUUUGAAAGAAGAACGCGAACUAUGGCGUCUGAAGCGAUCGACGACUGGACCCGACUCCUCGAAUGUUAACAAACGCCGCACGUCAGAGAGCGGAUUUGACACAAGCAGUGAAUCGGCGUUGAAGCUAAAGAUGCGUGGCUUUCAGGCUCUCGGGUUUGAUGAUUAUAUCGAAACCUAUGCUGACGGAUUACAAAUGCUUCGCUACAAUUUGACAACCGCAUACAACGCUCAUCACGACUUUUACGGUGACAUUUCAGCUGUGACGGGACAUCACAACUUCAAUUCUGCUGGAGUUGGUGCUGACCGUUUUGCGACAAUUUUACUUUAUAUGACGGAACACGGUGAACGUGGCGGUGGGGAAACCGUCUUUACUGAAGCUUGGCCUACUGAACUCGCUCCAGGCAAGAGAGUUGAGCUCCCAGAUGCCAUCGAGUCCUUGCGAGCCUCAGGUGAUGCGUCCAUGUUGAAGACAGGAUCUUGGGAAGAAACUCUGGUUGCGAAAUGUCGGUCACGGCUGGCGGUGCAACCGCACCCCGGACGGGCAGUUUUGUUCUACUCGCAGCUCCCAAAUGGAAAACCUGACUAUACGUCGCUACACGGUGGCUGUCCAGUGUUGGCAGGCCAAAAAUACGCAGCGAAUCUUUGGGUUUGGAAUUCGCAUCGCCACGGAUACAGCGAAGCUCCUAUUCAUCCGUAGAAACACUGAAGUGAAGUAACAUUUGCUUCGCCCAUUGAACCAACUACACCAAUACCAUCAAAUAUUUCCAUUUUGAAUUGCCAACCCAAGCAGAAAACAUGCACAUUCUAUCCAAGGGAGGGUAUGGUGUUAGUGUAGUGUGGUGGGAAAGGUGAAAAACUCCCAAAAGGGGACGGAAUGUGUUCAGUCUAAGUAGCAUCAUUUGGCGCUUGUAUAUUGUUAAGUAUUCAAACUGUUUGAACUAAACGCCCAUUUUUUUCCCGG